AACUUUGGCAGGAAGUUUAUGUGAACGCGUGGUCUUGUAUUUUACUCGGGAAAUGCUGUAAAAACUCACUGAGGAUGUCUAAGAAUCAGCUAAAAGAAUCGUUUGAAGUGGAGAACGCCUUCGAGGCUUUCCACACUACGGGAUUUGUGGCGUGGACAGGUGAUGAGUUGGUAUGUCAGGACAAUGAAAGGAUUAACAUUGUCAACGUGGAGAAUGGGAAGGUGGACAGAUCAAUUCGCGGAGGAGCAACAGAAGUGGAGACAGACGAUGCAACGUACACAUUUGCCGUGAAUUUGGAUGGAAAUCUCAUCCUGUCAGCGCACAAAAGUGGUCUCCUGAAGCUCUGGGAUGGACAGUCGUGUAGUCUUGUGCGGAUGUGGAGGGGUGUACAUCAGGGGCCCAUCUCAAGGGUGGCUUUCAGCCCCUCGAAAGACACUGAAAUCGUGGCUAGUGGUGGCUGUGAUGCUUCCGUGCGAAUCUGGGACUACACGAAGAAGAUCUGUCUUGCUAAUCUUCGUGGAUGUCAGGGGGUUAUUGGGCUACUCACCUUUGCAACAGCAGAGCCCCUUAUUUAUGCCGUUGGGGAUGAUAAUCGAAUCUUUGGGUGGAACUACAAGAGCCGGGAAGUUAUUUGUACCCUCGAAGCUCACUACAGUCGUGUUACAUCACUCUCCCUGACUCCUGAGGAGGAUUUCUUGGUAUCCACGAGUAGGGAUAAGGUUUUAAUUCUCUGGAAUUUGAAGGAGAAGAAGAGUGUCAAAGUUAUUCCUGCCUAUGAAGCUCUGGAGAGUUCCUUCAUCCUCCCAAAUGGGAUUAGUCUUCCGGGAGGGAUUACACUACCUCCGGAAGGGAUUUACGUGGCUGUUGGUGGGGAAUCAGGGCAGAUAAAGGUGUGGGAAGUAACGAAAGCCAAGAUAAUCUUCACGCAGACGAAUAGUUUAGUCUCCAAGGCUGAGGAAGAAGGAGGAUUGGCCAUCACACAGCUCCUCUGGUGCCCUAAAUCUCAACGAAUCGGCAUCGUAACGGCAGAUCACAACAUUCUCAUCCACAACAUUGGCACGUUUCACUGUGCAAAGCAACUUAUUGGCUUCAGCGAUGAAAUCCUUGAUAUGGCAUUUGUGGGGAAGAAGGAUCGCUACCUAGCUGUGGCUACAAAUAGUCCGGAUAUCAAGUUCUACGACACAACCACGAUGAAUUGUCAAGUCCUCAAAGGACACACGGAUAUCGUCAUGAGUCUUGCUGCUCGUGGGAAGCUCCUGGUUUCAGCUAGCAAAGACUCAACCGUCCGGCUGUGGAGCCUCAAGCCAGAUAGCUUCGAUGUGACGUGCAUCGGUGUGGGCAGGAAGCACACAGCAUCCAUCAGUUCCGUUGCAAUGAGCCGCUUGUCGACUUCCUUCUUCGCCUCAGUCAGUCAGGAUUUGUGCCUGAAAGUGUGGACGAUUCCAAAAGACCCCAAAGUAGAUGAGGAAGCUUCCCUGGCAUGCACUGCUACGCAAAUUGUCCACGAGAAGGACGUAAAUUCCGUCACAGUAUCCCCGAAUGACAAAUUGCUGGCCACAGGAUCACAGGAUAAGACAGCAAAGAUCUGGAAUACUUCCAAUUUGUCACUCGUUGGUGUCCUCAAGGGUCACAAGCGUCCCGUUUGGUGUGUUCGCUUCUCCCCCGUGGAUCAGGUACUCCUUACCUCGUCAGCCGAUGGGACUAUCCGCAUUUGGGCGAUUACUUCCUUUACGUGCCUCAAAACCUUCGAAGGACACGAAGGUUCCGUCCUGCGGGCUGAAUUCAUCUCACGCGGAAUGCAAAUCCUCUCCGCAGACGCCGACGGGUUCAUCAAGUUGUGGAGCAUAAAAACAAAUGAAUGCGUAACGACGCUCGAUCAUCACGAGGGCCGUGUCUGGACGAUGGCUUUGCCGACCAAUGAGCGGCAUUUCUUCAGCGGAGGGAGUGAUUCGAAGCUCCUCCAGUGGCGCGAUGUGACGGAAGAAAAGCGAACGGAGGAGAGGAAGAAAGUUCAGGAAGUAGUGCUGCAGGAGCAAGAACUGAACAAUUUGCUGCAUCAGGGGAAAUUCCAGAAAGCCCUGCAGAUUGCCAUUCGCCUGGAGAAGCCACAGAUGACGCUGAAGAUUGUCAAGAAGAUCGUUGAGGGGCAAGUGGAGGGACUCGAGGAGACCAUUGAUGGGCUUAAUGACAUGGACAAGGAGACUCUGCUCAAUCAUGCAGCCAAAUGGAAUACAAACAGCAAAAAUUCCCGCCCAGCACAGCUCGUUGUGAAUAUUCUCCUUAAAAAUAUGCUCGCAGGAAGUUUCCAGCCAAGUGGAGCAGCAAGGAUUGUGGAGACGCUGCUGCCCUACACAGACAGGCAUCUCAGGCGUGUAACAGAGUUCAUGAAGGACCUCAAUUUCGUGGAAUAUACCCUCAAAUCUAUGCAACCGCACGCAGAUACGAGUUGAAUGAAGUUAAAAAUUAAAUUUUAUUUUAUUUUGUUAAAGUUCUUUUGUAAAGAAAAUUAAGGAAAAUAAAUUGAAAAUUCUUUUUUUUUUAUGUAAAA